GCUUCAGUUAUCAUAUUAAGCUUCUGAAAACCCUUACUUACCUAUCACUAAUCGUUUUUUUUAUUUUCCAUCGUACUGGAAGAGAUUGAUUAGCAGCACGCUUAGGAAAAGUACAUUUUUACCUUGAACAUAUUCCAUCACAGAACGCCCAAGAGUCAAGAAGGGAUCGGAGCUCGUUAGCCUUGCCACAAGAUCUGCCGUAUUUCGGAUAAAAGUGAUUGAAGAUUAGCGAUCGAGCGUUACGUGUCAAUAGAAAAGUUGAAUUAGUCACCUACUAAAGUGAAAAAAAUUGACUGAUAAGAAUGCGAGCCUUGAUUCUUGUCGGUGGAUAUGGAACGCGACUGCGUCCGCUAACCCUCAGCACACCGAAGCCGCUGGUAGAAUUCGCAAACAAGCCCAUUCUGCUGCACCAAAUUGAAGCCCUAGUCGAAGCGGGAGUCCAUGAGGUAAUUCUGGCCGUCUCCUACCGAGCGGAACAGAUGGAAGCAGAGCUGAAGCAAAAAGUGGAAAAACUCGGUGUUAAAUUGAUCUUUUCACACGAGACGGAGCCGCUAGGAACGGCUGGACCGUUAGCACUGGCGAAAGGUAUCCUAGCGAAGAGUUCCGAACCUUUCUACGUGCUCAAUUCAGACGUCAUUUGUGAUUUUCCGUUCAAAGAGUUGGAGCAGUUUCACCGAAGUCACGGUAAGGAAGGGACCAUCGUUGUAACCAAGGUUGAAGAACCAUCGAAAUAUGGAGUUGUAUUGUACUCGGAGGAUGGUUGUAUCAAAAGCUUUAUCGAGAAACCUCAGGAGUUCAUUAGCAAUAAGAUUAACGCAGGGUUGUAUAUAUUGAACCCAUCGAUACUAUCCCGGAUUCAAUUAAAACCGACCUCAAUCGAAAAAGAGAUAUUUCCAAUCAUGUCCCGCGAGCAGCAGUUGUAUGCAUUCGAGUUGAAUGGAUUCUGGAUGGACAUCGGCCAGCCGAGAGAUUUCCUGACUGGGAUGUGCCUAUAUUUGAAUUCUGUCCGCCAGCGCCAUCCGGAGAUGUUGUACGACGGCCCGGCCGGAUAUGUUGGCAAUGUGUUGAUUGAUCCGAGUGCAAAAAUCGGUGCCGGCUGCCGCAUAGGACCCAACGUAACCAUCGGUCCGGAUGUGAUCAUCGAGGACGGGGUCUGCAUCAAGCGGUGUACGGUUUUGCGGGGCGCCGUAAUCAAGUCGCACUCAUGGUUGGACAGCUGCAUCAUAGGGUGGCGCUGUAUGGUCGGCCGGUGGGUUCGAUUGGAAGGAACCACUGUGCUGGGAGAGGAUGUCAUCGUGCAGGACGAAAUCUACAUAAAUGGUGGACAGGUGCUACCACACAAGAGCAUAUCACUGAGCGUUCCCGAACCGCAAAUCAUCAUGUAGAUGACAUCACCUAUCGAAAAGCCAUAUUGAAUUGAUGAUUGACGACCGAGGACAAAUUCGAAUAACGGAAACGGGAAGUUUAACUAUUCGUUACAUUUUCUUUUUCUGGGAAGCAUCGUGGCAAAAAAAUCCUACUAAUAUUGCGAGCGGUAAGAUAACUACAUGUAAAUAUGUGUGACUAUUUUAGAUGAUUUAUUACUGAUCUGAACGUCGCAGAUCGGGUUGCAUUAUUUUGUUCUAUCGCAAAUUUUUGUACAAGAACCAAUUUUACAAUCGUUAUUUUAAUUGGAAUAGUUUUAUUUUUCAAAAAAAGCAUUUUAUUUUUUGCAUUCCAGCCUUUAAUGAAUAAAUAUGACGCUGAAAAUG